CUUUCAUCAUCGUCGUCGUCGACCUUAUCCAGACAGACUGCUUCACAGUUCGUAGCUCAGCUGAUCGUCAAUGGCCUCCUCGUUCGCCAACUUCCUCUCCUUCCUUCUUCCUUCCAAGCCCCCGCCGCCGCAAGCUCUCCCACAGACGCUCCCGAAGCCCCGCCAGAGCUCGAGGGACGAUUUCGCCCCCAUAUCGCUCUCCCAGGCCCAGGAUCAGGCCCCGGUUCCGCCGCCCGUCGACCUGUCGGCGUCCAUCAUGUGCCCGUCCCUGGCGUAUGCGAACACGCUCUACUUCAGCUCCGGGUACAACGUGCAGGUUUUGGUGGAGGACAACGAGCCAGAGGAGAGGCUGCUGGGGCGGUUCCGGCGGGAGGUCAUGAAGGCCGGCGUGAUCCAGGAGUGCAAGCGGCGGCGCUUCUUCGAGAACAGCCAGGACGAGCGGAAGCGCAAGACCCGCGAAGCCGCCAAGCGCAACCGUAGAAGGCGGACGAUAUCGAGAGCUCCGGCCCAGAACAAGCCGGAAACCUCUGCGAACGAGAAGUCCAAGGACGAGGACAACUGGGAAAUGCCGGAGGAAGACAUUCCAUUCUGAUUCAGUCUUGUCCACCGGACCAUUUCCGCGUCGGCUCUCCUCCUGGGGGCCGCUCUCCAUUCGAGUUUCGUUUGUGAGAUAUGUUCUGUAAAUUGUGUUAAUUCAUUAGCCUGUCUGCCCCAGUCCAAGAUGUCUGAUUGGUGAAGCGAAUCGUAAGUAUCCUGAUCAAACUUGCGGCUCAAGAAACGAACGCCGCUGUAGAUGAGCUGCCUUCAAAUUUGAAAGAUCAGCUGUGAUCAUUGUCGUUCGUAUGCUUGAAAUUGGUUUGAUCACUGCUUUUCCUCGAAGACUUUGCAAGCGCUGUCCUGAUCUCUAUCAUGGGCUCGAUAGUUUAUAUGAGCUGAGUUUGUCCUAGAACACGCCUUUGGAGUUGCCAAGCCGAAUUGUUGUGCUUGCAAAUGAGAUAAUAAUGAUAAAACAGCACGUCUAAGAAUGUAUAUGGCUGUGGUUAUGUAUGUUUGCCUUUGUUCGAUUAGAAGUGUGGCUACGUUUGCCGGUUUGCACCAGCCUGUCUUGACUCGUCUCUCGACAUGGAAUAUAUGUUAGUUUGCUUUGCACUGGACCUAAUACUUGUGAUAUUUCAUAA